UCAAAAAGCUCCAACUUCAUUGGGGACGGAAGCGAAACAUUGUACAACACGCGUUAGGUAAAUUUGACUUUCACAAUGUGCGAUUUUCACAACGUGUUUAUAUUUUCGUCCAAUGUAGAGUGUUUGAAUCUCUAUAGUCCGCAGCGAUCUAGCCAACAACAGGGCUGCUUGAGGGAGUCUGAUCGUUUCCGUCAUGUUACGUGAUUGUCUCCUCAUCCACGUGAAUACCGCGUUACAAAACCCGAACUGAGCUGCAGACGGGACACUUCAGUCCUGGUGCACCAAGUCCCAGGGAAUCUCUGAGUGGGGCUGUUUCUUCGUAACCUUCUUAAAGUGAUGACGUUCCCAGAGCCUGAGUGAGCUACUUUCAAUUUACAUGUCAGUUGAUUGAGGUCCCUAAAGGUGCGGCCUACUACCCACUACCUCCACACUGAUACUCGUUGGUUGUGAUACCUGUUGGCUGAGGCUGCUUGUCAGUUUGACAUUGAGUUGGACAGUGGACACUGUUUGGACAAUGAAGACCUCUGCGCAUACUUAGCCUGAGCCCAUGUCUGUGAUCAUGUUCCGGCUCCGGUGUGCCACUUCCUGCCCUCGCAGGCUCCUUCAUGUGGGGACAGUGAACCGAGACCAAGUUCUGGAGCAGCUGCAGGUUUGCCCGGCCGAAGACCAGGUGUUAGAUGUGGUGGGCAAGAACAAGGCCAAGCUCACCGUGAGCCAUGUCAGCUGUGCCCUGGAGAUGUUGUGCCAGUUCCAGAGAGAUAAACCUCUGCUGCUCCGGACUGAGGAGCUCAAGAGUCACCCACAGUUCUUGACUCUCCGGAUUAUGGCUGAGCACAAAAUUCCUCUGAUGGAUGAUUUGAUGUUGGUGGACAUGCUUUACCAUAUCCUCAGGCUGAACGUGGAGCCACAUGACUCCCUUGUUCAACAGUUGGUUUUAGAAGCAUGGCUACGAAUAGACGGACUCCCAAUGAGUGUCCUAUCCAAGUUUGCCAAUUGUCUAAGUAAACAGUUCCUUCAUCACAGUCCUCUAAUGGGCCAAAUCACCAGAAUUGUGGAUCAGAAGUUAGCGUCUAUCGAUGAUGCCAGGACCCUAUCAUCACUGAUGAAAUGCACAUCGUCCUUGGUGUCUCCCCGGCUGCAGGAUGCCCUCAUCAGCAGGGUAUAUGACCUCCUGGACACCAUGGAUCCCUCUAACUACAACACCCCUCGAAGAGUGGUGAAGUUCAUGCUCAACACCAAGUGCAGCCAUCCGCCACUGCUGGAGAAGUGCAACCAGAUCUUCUUGUUAAACCUUUCCAGGAUGGAUGCAGUGCAUAUCAAAUCCAUCAUGGAGAUAUAUCAGUCCCUGCAGUUCAACAACAAUGACUUCAGGCUGGCUGUGAGAAAAAGGCUGAUAGAACUGAUUGAUUCAAGCACUGAUCCUUACUCCUACACUAAACUGUUUGUUGCUCUGGCUCCCAUGGCCAAUCUGGAGAUCAGAGAAGGGUUGGAGAACACGGCCUUCCUGUUGGCGGACGAGUUCAGUGCAUGGCAGGCUCUAAGUGUAUUCGAAGCAUUAGCAGAGAUUCAGAGCAGGAACCUUGGCUUAAUGAACAAAAUUGCAUCAGUAAUCCAGGGGAACCUUCAUGUCUAUAAACCAAUGCAGGUGGCCAAAAUCACCCAAGCCCUUUAUCUGUUGAAGUACCAGAACCCCGAACUCUCCACUAAAUUAAGAAUCAUUUUGGUCAAUUUUCUCCAGUGCAGCGUUUUGCCCCGUGAGGUGGCCAUGCUGACCCGCUCUCUGCUCAUGCUGCCCUCUCAGCGAGUCGAAGAGGCCGUGAUGUCGCGCAUAGAGACGAUAGUGACGCAGUGCAAUUUCAAGGACCUCAACUUAAUUUCUUCUGCCAUUGCCAAGUGGUUACGGAAUGAUACGUCCUUCUGCAACAACACUCCCGGUAGGUACGUCCGUCUGAUGACGACUCUGAACCGCUGCCGCCUCGAGAGGCUACAGACAGCUGACCGGCUGGACCUGAUGCUCGAGGAGCUUAAGCACAAUUCAGGCGACUGGGCUGAAGAAAUGCUGCUCCAGGAGACAAUGGUCAUGCUGCAGAGGAUGAUGGAUCAAAUAAACUGGACCAAUGUGCAGGAUCUGGCUCUCUUCUUAACCAAAAAGCGUUACCUCUGUCCUCCUCUGAUGCAGCGAAUCGCCAGUGUGGCCACUAAAGACAUUGACAAGAUUCACUAUUCGGCAACAUUUGCCAUCCUGCUACCCUUUUGUUUCCUGAAUUAUGAUUCUGCGCAAGUAGACGAGUUGCGUGAUGUGUGUAUUCGGCACUUCACUCCUCGUAUCAGCUCCUUUGAACCACAUGUGCUAGUUUUCCUGGCAUACUGGCUGGCUGUGGCAGAAUGUUUUCCUGAAGAACUUGUCAGAGAAAUCUUCAGUAUUGACUUUCUGGGAAAGCUAGAUUCCGAGCUAGAAACCCUGCCAGAAAAUCUCAACAUGCUGACACAAAGGCGUCUCAUCGAACUUAAUCGCGCCGUGUGUCUCGAGUGUCCAGAGUUCCAGGUGCCGUGGUUUCAUGAGCGCGUCUGCCAGCAGAUGCAAAACAGAGGGAAAAGCAUGCCGGGCUCUGUGCUGCAGCAGAUCCACAAAAUGUUGGCUGAAGUUCUUGGUGGCAUUAACUAUGUUCAAAAAGAGGUUAUUGCUCCGUAUUGUUACACCAUAAACAUUGAAUGCAUUCUGGACAAACACCUACAGCCGCUGCCUUACAGUAAUUGGAGCAAACCGCAGAUCUUGGACAGAGAGGAGGUUCACUGGGGAACAAGCUCGCUGAAAAACAUCAAGCAUGAGCUUCCACCGGGAGCUCAGCGAGUUGCGGUGAACAUUCUUAAACCAAGCAGUUUCUGUAAAAACUCUCAUCAUUUGAAAGGCAGCUCUUUGAUGAAGAAAAGACACCUUGAAAUUCUGGGAUAUCGUGUCAUUCAGAUCCCUCACUUUGAAUGGAACUCCAUGGAGCUUUCUACACCGGAUGCUUGGAAGGAAUAUCUAAGGAAGAAAAUAUUUGGAGAGCUUUCUUCUUAAAGGCCUUAUUUAUUGUUGAAUAAUGAAAGACAUUUUACAUACAACACUGAGUCUCUUAAGUGCCCACACCUUGGCAUGGUGACUGAACAGAACAGUGUUUUUGUUAUUGUCGACUAUAGUAAAUAAGUGCUCCUUAUUUUUUUGUUAAAGAAAGAAAUUAUGAUUGUCUAUAAUGUGCUUUUGUAUUAAAUAACCAAGAUGAAAUAAAAUGUUUUUGUUUGUUAGUUA